AUGUUUUCCACGGCUCUCCUCUUUGCAGCACUCUGCGUUUUGGCGCAUCUGGACACUUUUACGCACGCCUGCCAGCUGCCUUCCGAGUGGCGGCCGCUGAGCGAGGGCUGCCGGGCGGAGCUGGCGGAGAUAAUCGUGUACGCCCGGGUCCUGGCGAUCCACCGCGAACCCCUGGGCGGAGGGGCGGGUAGCCUGUACAACUCUCUGCCCUUCGGGUUCGGGUACGGCUAUGAGGGCGCUGAGGAAGGGUUGCUGUACUCUGCUGAGGUGGAACUGCAGUGCGAUCAGGCCUGGGGAAGCAUGCUGGAGGUGCCUACAGGGUCCAGGCUCAACCUGACCGGACUUGGAUACCUGUCCUGUCAGUCCCACACCGUGAUGGAGAACUACUCCUACUUCUUCUUUCUCAGGAUGGAUGAGAACUAUAACCUCCUCCCCCACGGUGUCAACUUCCAGGACGCCAUCUUCCCAGACACUACCGAGAACAGACGCACUUUCUCCAGCCUCUUCCAGUUCUCCAACUGCACCCAAGGGAGCCAGCCGUUCCAUACCUUCAGCCCCGAGUGGGAGACCCAGGAGGACAGCAGGCUGCUGUGUUCUUCAGUGCAGGCGGCGCUGUUCGAGGAGGAGGACCGAGGCCGCAAGUUGAGGGAGCGCCUGACCGUGGCGGAGAGGAGGAACCGGCAGCUGAAGGAGCGUGUUCGCAAGGUGAAACGCUCCUUGAGGAAUGCCCGCAAGGCUGGGCGCAAGGCCGAGCAGGAGGCGCAGGAGCUAAGGGAGAAGCUGAAGGCUGCAGAACGCAGAGCCGGGCAUCAUAUCAACGCCAUAACGCAGGAGGAGCCUCCACCUGCACGUUAUACAAGCACAGCAAUACGCAAGCGCAUGCAACUUUAACUAAUCUCAUCCAUCUUCAACCUGCCACGCACCCUGGACUGGAAACUGGCUGUGGAGAGUGAGAGACUGCUGGGCGGUCUCUAUGCAAGGGACAAACG